AGCAAUAGUUAUUAUCAGGAUAACUUCUCGCGGAUAUUUUUCUCAUAAAAGUAACCUACAUGAUAAAGAUUUUCUCAAAGUCUGGUCACUUGGUUGGGGUUUAGGUGGCUGUGAAUUUACAUUCUACUUGUUCUUUAAUUAUAUUCAAGCUGUAAUGGUUAUGAAAGAGACCGAGAUGAGUUUUGGCCAGAUUUUAAGAAGGAACCCACCUGGGACAAAGAGUGCUGAUCUCUAUAACUGGCCAGACCAGAGUUUUGAUGAGAUGGAUACAACACUGGCUGUCCAGCAAUAUAUUCAACAAACCAUUCGUAAAGAUUACAGUGAUAUUGAUCAAAUAUUAUCAGCUCCAGAGGGUCAGGAUGAAGGAGUAUGGAAAUAUGAACAUCUUAGGCAAUUUUGCUUGGAACUUAAUGGGCUUGCGGUCAAGCUUCAGACUGAAUGUACAGCUGAAACAUGUUCACAGAUGACUGCAACAGAACAGUGGAUAUUUCUUUGUGCUGCUCAUAAAACUCCCAAAGAAUGUCCUGCUAUAGAUAACACAAGACAUACAUUAGAUGGUGCUGCAUGUUUAUUAAACAGCAACAAGUAUUUUCCAAGCAGAGUCAGCAUCAAAGAAUCAUCUGUGGCGAAGUUAGGAUCUGUAUGUAGAAGAGUUUAUAGAAUAUUUUCUCAUGCUUAUUAUCACCAUAGACACAUAUUUGAUGAGUUCGAGAAUGAAAGCCACCUCUGUCGUAGAUUCACUGUCUUUGUUGUCAAAUACAAUUUAAUGUCACGAGACAAUUUAAUAGUUCCAAUAUUGCCUGAUCCUGAGGAUCCAUCCCCAAAGGAAACUUCACCGACAUACACUCUUGUAUCAUCACAGGUUGAAAAUGAAGAUGGACAACCUGCCGACGACUCACCUCUUGAUGAGACGCCUGCUACAGAUGAUACAUUGUCAACGACAAUCAUACAAGCCGCAACUGCGGAACAAUCAGAGGACGAACCAAAAAUAACUCAGGAGGAAGGAUUUGGACAUUCCGGUGGAACUGCUGACUUUGCUACGCUCAAACUUUCCAAAUCAUCAGACAAGAAGGAUUCAACUAAAAGUGUGAAUGCCAACAACAGCAACAAUUUGGUUUCCAAAUUUAAGAAAUCCACAAUACUUUGAUUUAGCAGCAGCUGGGGAUAAUUCUGAACUUUCCCCUGAACGAAACGAGGAAACAGAAGAUUCUGACUGAAUUGUAUGAUAUUUCUACCCGCAUACCACAGAAACAGAGCACAUUGUUCCAAAUAUACGUUGCAAACUUGAUAGAAUACUGUGUUGCACUUUUGAGUAUGCAUGAUAAGAAUGCGUUUUGAUCAAAAGCAAGGCUGUGUUGUUGGUAUGAGCCUUUUAAGAUGACAUGCUUGCUUUUUUUGCUGUUGCUAUAUAUUUUUGUAUUAAGUUUAUAUAUAAUGUAGAGGAAAUCAAUAUCUAUUUGAUUUGAACGUUUUAUAAAAAAUUAUGUGGCAGGUAAUAUGUUAUGGAGUCUUAUUAUAGCCUUUGCUGCAAGAAAACUGAAAAAUCAGCUAAUUAACCCCGAAACACAUUUUGGACAUGCCUACUUACGCUGCUAGUGUUUCAUAAGAUGAAUUUUGCUGUUUUCAUUACUUUUGUUUCGUAGCCUCGAACUGUUUCAAUGAUGCUAAUCUUAACGCAUCUUUGUCUUGAGUGUUAUCCGGAUUGUGUUCAACAUAUGAUUAGGCAGUUUGUUCUCCAAUGGUAUAAAUAUAUAAUUCUUAUAGACUUUUGCUAAAUAUAUUACAAACCUGAACAUGCGUGUAAUUGGACAUAUAUGGAAGCGUUUGCAUUAGAUAUGAGCAUGUGUUUUGCUAUAUUUUCACUCAUCAUUCGUUCAAUGGAAAUUUAGAUGAAUUUAUUCCUAAACGUAGGACUCGAGAUAUCAAGCCUGGAGUAUCUGAUAUAAUUUUUGAUUUUUUCAUUUGUUUUGAAUCAAUGUCAAAUAUGUUGCUUGUAGAUUUAUAUGUUUUAUAUGUAGGACUGUAUUGUUAUUUAAUAAAUAUUGAUCAUUGUGUGAUAUUAAUGACCAUU